GUGGCAUACUAUGAUGAUUGAAAAGUUGCUCAAAAUAUUAUUAUGAUUUUGUGAUAAUUUAUUGAAUUUAAUGAUAUUAAUUUGAAUAUUUAUAAAAAAACGGUCUUGACUACAAUGAAUCCACAGUAUAUGCAACCACAACAAUAUGGUCCUCCGGGAGGACAAAAUAUACCAAAUCCUCAAGGAUCAUAUGGACCAGUUCAAAAUAAAAUGGCUCCUCCAAUGGCAAAUUAUAAUUCAAAUAUUUCUCAACGACCGGGUAUUCCUCCACAAAAUCAAUUACCAAAUAAUCCACAACAAUAUGCAAUGGCCAGAUCGCCUAAUCAAGGUAUUUCUGAACCAAGCCCCCCUGUAGGACCUGAACCGAAUAACUUACCACCAUUAAAUCAACCUGAAUAUCCACCUCAGCCUCCAGUUCAAACAAAUUUACAACGACCCCCUCCUAACUCUAAUUUUGCUCCUCCUUCAGCACUUCCUAAUCCACAAACAAAUCCAAAUCAGUUAGCACAACAAAUGGCAGGAUUACAAGUGAACCCACAGAUGCCACCUGCACAACCAGGAUUUACAAUGAAUGGGGAUCAUCAUAACCAACAAAGACCACCCAUGCAAAUGCCGCCUGGUCAACUAGGACCACAAGGACCAGGAAUGCUACCACCUCGUGCUGGUGGCUACCCACCACAAGGAAAUCAACCACCACAUAUGCAAUCGCAACCACCAAUGACCAAUUUAGCAGGUGGUAUGCCACCAGCACCUGGACAAAGAGGUUAUCCACCUUCUGGGCAAUAUGUGAAUGGAGUUCAACAACGUGCUCAACCAGGGUUACCACCACAGCAUGCCCCGCAGAUGGCUCCGCCUAAUCCAAUGAAUUUCCAUCAGCCACCGCAUAUGCCUCCAAUGCAUCCGGGUCAAUAUCCGGGUAAUUAUCCAUCACAAAAUGAAUAUAGUCAACCACAACAACAGAAAAAAUUGGAUCCAGAACAUAUGCCGAGUCCUAUACAAGUGAUGCUUGAAGAUCAAAACACAAGAUCUGGUGUAUUUUGUACAAAUCAAAAAGGUCUUGUACCACCCUUAGCAACAACAAAAUUCUUCACACAAGAUCAAGGAAAUUGUAGUCCACGAUAUAUGCGUUCUACCAUGUACAACAUACCAAUUACAAUGGACAUGAUGAAACAAACUAGCAUACCAUUUGGAUUAGUAAUAAGUCCACUGGCACGAACCGUUGAACAAGAAUAUCCACCGCCAAUUGUAAAUUUCGGUGAAUUAGGACCCGUACGUUGUGUACGUUGUAAAGCGUAUAUGUGUCCAUUUAUGCAAUUUAUUGAUUCUGGACGACGUUUUCAAUGUCUAUUUUGUAAAGCAACGACAGAAGUACCUAAUGAAUAUUUUCAACAUUUGGAUCAUACAGGACAGCGAGUCGAUAAAUAUGAAAGGCCUGAAUUGGUACUUGGUACAUACGAGUUUGUAGCAACGAAAGAUUAUUGUCGUAAUAAUGUGUAUCCAAAACCACCAGCAGUUGUUUUUGUUAUUGAUGUAUCGUACAACAAUGUUAAAUCGGGACUUGUUCAUUUAUUGUGUGCAGAAAUGAAGAAUAUUAUUAAAAAUUUACCAAUUGAUCAAGGCCAAGAAAAAUCUAAAAUGAAAGUUGGAUUUAUAACCUAUAAUAAAACUGUUCAUUUUUACAAUUGUAAGGGAAACUUAGCCCAACCACAAAUGUUAGUAGUUGGCGAUGUACAAGAAAUGUUUAUGCCACUAUUGGAUGGUUUCUUGUGUGACAUUGAAGAAUCUGAAGCUGUUAUUGACUCAUUAAUGGAACAAAUACCAAUUAUGUUUGGUGAUACACGAGAAACAGAAACCAUUUUAUAUCCAGCAAUACAAGCUGGUUUAGAAGCAUUAAAAGCAUCUGAAUGUGCUGGUAAAUUAUUCGUAUUUCAUUCAUCGUUACCCACAUCGGAAGCACCCGGUAAAUUAAAGAAUCGUGAUGAUCGUAAAUUAUUGGGUACGGAUAAGGAACGUACUGUUUUAACACCACAAAGUAAUGUGUAUAAUAAUCUUGGUCAAGAGUGUGUUGCCGCUGGAUGUAGUGUUGAUUUAUUCAUUUUUAAUAAUUCAUAUAUUGAUAUUGCAACAAUUGGUCAAGUAUCACGUUUAACUGGUGGUGAAGUUUUUAAAUAUACAUAUUUCCAAGCUGAUAUUGAUGGUCCACGACUAAUUCAAGAUUUAACCACAAAUAUAAGUAGACCAAUUGCUUUUGAUGCAAUAAUGCGUGUGCGUACUUCAACUGGAGUGAGACCAACAGAUUUUUACGGACAUUUCUUUAUGUCGAAUACAACAGAUAUGGAAUUAGCAAGUAUAGAUUGCAAUAAAGGUAUAGCAUUGGAAAUUAAACAUGAUGAUAAGCUUACAGAAGAGGAAGGUGUUUAUAUACAAACUGCCCUAUUAUAUACAUCAUGUUCUGGACAACGACGAUUACGAAUUAUUAAUUUAUCUUUACAAACAUGUUCACAGUAUGCAGAUUUAUAUCGAAGCUGUGAUUUGGAUACAAUUAUGAAUUUCUAUGGAAAACAAAGUACAUUCCGUUUAUUGGAACAUUCACCAAAAGCUGUGAAAGAAGGUUUAGUACAACGUUGUGCACAAACAUUGGCAUGCUAUCGUAAACAUUGUGCUGGCCCAUCAAAUGCUGGACAAUUAAUUUUACCUGAAUGUAUGAAACUAAUGCCAUUGUACUUAAAUUGUCUAUUAAAGAGUGACGCUAUUUCUGGUGGUUCCGAUAUGACUAUUGAUGAUCGAUCAUAUGUAAUGCAAAGUUUAAUGGUUAUGGAUGUUCCAUCGUCGGUAUCAUUCUUCUAUCCACGUUUAACACCUGUUCAUGAUAUUGAUGUUAAUGCUACAGAUAUUCCAAUGCCAAUUAGGUGUACAAUUGAACGAAUGGUUGAUAAUGGUGCUUAUAUUUUGGAAAAUGGAAUUCAUAUGUUCUUAUGGGUUGGAUUAAAUGUCAAUUCUGAAUGGGUUCAAAGUAUAUUCGGUGUGCCAUCAGUAAUUCAAGCAAAUUUCGAUAUGGUAGAAUUACCAAUUUUAGAAAAUCCAUUAUCAAAUCGUAUGAGGAAUUUAAUAGAAUCUAUACGAUCACUUCGGCCUCAUUGUAUGCGAUUAACACUGGUAAGACAAGGCGAUAAAUUAGAGCAUGUUCUAAAACAUUUCCUAGCUGAAGAUCGUGGAACUGAUGGUUCACCAUCCUAUGUUGAUUUCCUUUGUCAUUUACAUAAAGAAAUACGUGUAUUAUUAAGCUAGCUUGCAAAAAAUGCAAGAAGAUAAAUCAACACUCAUUUAUAUUUUAAAUAAAAAAAGAAAAUUAUA